UUCAAAUACAAUUAUAACAAUUAUAUGUUAAUUUAUAAACAUAAACACCUUGAUUUUGUAGAAACACUAUACUUUUCGCGAAGCUCGCACACUUUUCGCCACUAACUCUACACCGGCACUAUUUAGUGUUGAAAAGUGCCCAUCGAAUAACAGCUGUUCACUGAAAAAUGAGUUGGCAGCACGCAUUUUGUAAUUAUACACAAUAUUAAAAAAUAAAUAACAAAAUGCAAGAAUUUAGCGCAAAACGCGAUGCGCUUUUUGCCUGCCUCGAUGAUGCUAGCAAAGAGUUAAAGGGUACGGCUCUAGACCAGAGCAGAGCAAAGCCGUAUACAGUCUCCGCAUUGCAGAAGGUCACAAAUAGAAACCCGGUAAUGAAUUAUCGACAAGGUCGCAGCAUUGAAGCAGGCAGUGAAGUCGAGGAUGAGAAGCUGCGCCGUAUGCGAGGAAAAGAGAGCAUAUUCAAGAAACCAGAGCUGCCCAUUGGACGUUGCCUGAAGCCGCGCAAAACACCGGACUACCAAGUCAAUCCACACAAGUGGAAAAAGUAUUCUCUCUCCGAUGUGGACAUCUCCGAUCAGACCAACGCAGCGGCCGCUUUGUCCUUUCUAAGGCAGAUGGAUGCACAGCGAGAUGCAGACUCGGAUGACAAUGACGACAUAGAUGAAGCAGGAGUCAGAAAAGCGGCUAAAAUUGAGUUCAAAAAGACAAGCAAAUUGAAUCGCAAUCUCAAGCAGCUAAAGGAAAGUGAAGUGGAUGAUGUAGAGCUGGACAAACCACAACUGCGCGGCUCCAAGCUAGUGAUGCCCGAAUAUGUGAUUGGGCAGAAGUCCACGAAGAAGCUAAAGAAACAACAUAGCCCAAGUCAAGCCAAGCAACGGGCCGCUGGCAAGCUACAGUUAUCCCAUUUGGAAGAAAUGGAUGAAUAUGACGAUGCUUAGUACUCUUAAGAUAAA